AGUGAGAAACCCUCGUCCGCUUCCGCUCCCGCUCCCAUGCCCAGGAAGAAACUGGCCAGUUUUUUCGCCUCCACCGCCACGAAAACGUCCAACAGAUUCCAGAAUGCCUCUCCACGCCACGAUGCCUCAAUCGCCAAGAGUAGCCUCGACCCUGUCCACGUCGCUGAUUCGCCUUUGCCGCCCGCGGGGACACCGUCGAAGGCUUCGCCGGGCGUCUCGUUGCAGGUGCUGGCGCGGCUGAAGAAAUCCUCAUCGACGAACACCGAUGAAGUUGUUGCUCCUGGUGAUAAUCAAGUGUUAUUGCAUCUGGUGAAACCCUCAGCUACUUCCGCUCCCAUGCCCGAGAAGAAACUGGCUAGUCUUUUCGCCUCCACCGCCACGAAAACCUCCAACAGGUUCCAGAAUGCCUCUCCACGCCAGGAUGUCUCAAUCGCCAAGAGGAGCCUCAACCCUAUCCACGUCGCUGAUUUGCCUUCGCCGCCCGCAGGGACACCGUCGAAGGCUUCGCCAGGCGUCUCGUUGCAGGUGCUGGCGCGUCUGAAGAAAUCCUCAUCGACGAACACCAACGAAGUUGUUGCUCCUGGGAAAGAGUCUGCCAUUGACAUUGCAAGUGUCAUAUCGUCAAUCUUGUGUGGUGAUCGUGAUAAGGCCACGACUGCUCCUCAUUCUUCCAGAGAUUCCACCGGUGAUAUGCCUUUCAAGAAUGUAUUAGAUUUUCCAUGGUUUUCAAAUGGAUCUCAGAAUUGCACAACACAAUCUAAGAAGAUAUUAUUGAGGGAAAGAAAGAAGAAAUAUAUAUUCAAGAAUGUAGAAUCUCGCAGAUUUAUAGAACUGAUGAAAAAAUGUGCUGACAAACUUGGCACCGAGUCCACUUUGCAGUUCUUCGAAAAGCUAGGGAGAGAAACAGGUGUGAAGGAAUACAACACCUUAAUAAAGCUUUGCAUAGAUAAAGCUAGAGGUUGUAGGAAAGAAGAAGAUUCUUUAGUUUAUAUCAAUAAAGUUCAUGGACUUUUUCUAUCCAUGAUUGAAAAGGGCAUGCCAAUUGAGGAAGAAAGCUAUGGUCCGCUUCUAAAUUACAUGAUUGACAAGAAAAUCUUACUAGGAUUCCAGAUGUUCAUUGAGUUAUUUAAAAAUGAGAUUCCUGAUUAUUCGAGAAUAGGUUACUAUGAAAUGGUUUUUUGGAUAAUGGUGGGUAAUGAAGAAAAGAUAGAGGAACUUCUUGAUCUAGUCAAAGUUGGUAGUUUUGAAGACAAGUAUCCCUUUAUAGAGAGCUACUUGUUGGCAUUCUGUCGAAGUGGUAGUGAUCGGAAGAAGGACCUCUUGCAAUUGCUGGAGAUUGUAGAUAUGGGGAGAAUUUCUUCUCCAAAGUGCAUAGAGUGUGUGUUUAGGUCCUUAGGGACAUUGCAACUGGAGGAUUUAGCAGAGAAGUAUUUUUUUGAGCUCAAUACAGCUGGACUAUGGAAGGAGGACAUUUCAUCCUUCAUUUGUAAAUAUGUAACUUCUUUACCGAACUUAGUGGUGGAAGAUGUUAUAUCGAAGUUCAUUAACACACACCAGAAACUUGGAAUUGCAGCCUCCAUUGCAUCAUACGAGAAGCUCAUAUCACUCUGUUGCAGCUCCAAUAAGGUUUGCGUUUCCCUUGAUAUAGUGGAUCAUAUGUAUAAAUCCGGUCUGUGUGUGCCAAUUGAAGUUCUUAGUCCAAUAUUGCACGCUUGUGAGCAAAGUGGCCAACUUGAGAUGGUUCAUCCAAUCUUUCUGGUGAUGCGGCAACAUAAUUUGCAACCAACAGAAGACACCUUGAAAAGGAUAAUACACCUAUACAUGAAGAUGAAAGAUUUCGAAGGUGCAUACAAUGUAAUAAUAGAUGCGCAGGAGAUGAAUGUAAUGCCUACGACAGCCAUGUAUAAUGCUAUUAUGGCAGGGUAUUUUAGGGAGAAAAACAAUCAUCGAGCGCUAAUGGUUUUGAAACAAAUGGAACAUGCAAAUCUGAAACCUGACUCUGAGACUUACAGCUAUUUGAUAGCUAAUUGUGAAUGUGAAGAAGAUAUUGUCAAGUACCGUGAACAAAUGUGCCGUUCUGAAGUCGGAUUUACUAAGUAUAUUUAUAUGUCUCUUGUGAAUGCAUAUGCAAAAUUUGGAAAUUUUGAGAUGGCAAAACAGAUUAUUUUGAAUAAAGAAAUACCAGUGAAUUACCUUAAUGAAAUCAAUGGUGUGCUCAUGUCAGCCCUCUCAUCGAAUGGACAAAUACAUGAUGCACUUGGUAUUUAUGCUGAAAUCAAGCGAUCUGGAGCUAACAUAGAACCUAAAGCUGUUAUAUCCCUUCUUGAACAUCUUCAAACAGAAGGAGAAUUGGAUAGAUUGCUUCAACUGCUAGAGGAGUUGAAGGAUUCAAACAGUUGGUUUGAUGGAUGCAGUAGAGUAAUUCUGUACUGCAUACAAUAUAAUCUUACCGGUUCCGCACUUGAGUUACUAAAGAAGCUGAAAGAGAAAGAUGUGUCGAGUGCCAAUCUUAUCAUCGGUCAGAUGUUUAGCCAAAUAUUCAAAACACCUACUAAUUUGAAGAGUGGGUUUGAACUACUACAAGGUGUUAAAGAACUCGGGCUUCAUCCUUCGCGAACGUGUCUUGAUUUUCUUCUCAGUACCUGUGUGAAAGCAGAAAAUUCACAAAUGGCUUGGCGUGUUUGGUCAGAAUAUGAAACUUCUGGUCUCGCUUAUAAUUCUUUGACUUUUAUAAGAAUGUACCAAGCGCUUCUUGCAUCAAAGGAAUUCGCCGCGGCUAAAGAACUUCUUAAACGAAUACCGAGAGAGGAUCGCCAUGUUCAAUACCUUAUCAAAGCUUGUGAAACGAGAUACUGCAUUGGCUGCUAAAGCGAGGAGAGGGAAAAGUCGCCCCUCAUCAACUUCACAUUAUGAAAGAGUUGAAUGGAGUUGAUGUCUGCUGGUUCAGGCGGAAGUCGACCGGAGACAGACUGAUAGUGGCCCAAGGAAAUUGUAUCGGCAAAUCUGAGAGCUUUGGAAAAGCAUUAGCCGUUGAGAAGUCGCCCCUCGUAAACUUGGUUCGGAACGAUCCAUAGCGGAAACCAUUUUAAUUCUCGUUUCAGCCUUUGAAGAUCCGUAUAGGACGAGCUCAAUUCAAGUCAAUCGAAGUCAUAUUUGUGUGCUACCUAAAUUACCCGAUAUUUGAUCUAAUAUUUAAUUAUUAUUUUUUUAAAACUUAUGUUUGAUCUAAUAUUUAACGCGUCGUAGUUCUGAUCAUAUUUUUUUUAUAAUUCUUCCAGUAGAAUCUAGAGGAUAUUCGUUUGGCAUGCAUAUUUCUUAAUUAACGGGAAUUAUGUGAAUGAG